UCGCUCCUCCCACUGUCCCGACUGUGAAGCUGCAAAACCCUAAAAAAUUGAGCUCUGAGCAGGCACCAGCCUCUGUGCUGAGCGGACCUUCUCACCCCCCACCACAUCAAAGGCGCCUCAAAUGACAAUCCUCUCCAAGUCACGCCCUCUCCUCAAAGCCAUAAACCCCGCCGCCGCCGCCGCCUCCUCCUCCCUUAGGACCAUCACCGCCUCCCCAUUUCUCUCCCAGCAGCCCCAGCUCGUCGACCCCCAGCCGGAGCCGGCGCAUUCCACCCCUCUUCCCCCAAACCCGGCUUCCGGCAGCCCCCUCUACUCCUCGAACUGGCGCAACCCGAUGCCCCAGAGCCUCCCGGGGGCCCAGUCCCUGAUCCCCAUGGGGUUCCUCAACCAGACGGCGCAGCCGAGGAUCCAGUCCCUCUCCCGGACCCUAGACGUCCACUCCCUCAUGAACUUGUUCGCCGACUGGAUGACGUCUCAGCGAUGGUUCGACAUGAAGCAGCUCUUCGAGCUCUGGGUUCGGAGCUUGGACAAGAAUGGAAUUCCCAACAAGCCCGACGUGAACAUAUACAAUCACUACCUCAGGGCUAACCUGAUGACUGGGGCUUCCGCCGGGGAGCUGCUGGAUCUGGUGUCUCAGAUGCAGGACUACGCGAUUGAGCCCAACACAGCGUCCUUUAACCUCGUCCUGAAAGCAAUGCACCAGGGCAGAGAGACUGAAGCUGCCGAGCAGUUGCUCCAACGGAUGCUGCAGACUGGAAAAGAAUCUGCCCCUGAUGCUGAGACAUAUGAUUUGGUGGUCGGCAUGCUCCUUUUGUCCAAUAAGAUUGAUGCUGCCUUGAGGUAUAUUGACUUGAUGUUGAGAUCAGGUCAUAUGAUGUCACUCAGGAUUUUCACUGAUUGUGUAAGAAGUUGCGUUAACAAGGGCAGAUUGGAUACACUGGUGUCUGUAAUUGAGAGGUGUAAGGCAACAGAUCAGAAUAAAGCCCUCUGCCCACCCUGGGGCCUUUGCAAUGAUAUUGCUGAAAUUGCAAUGCAAAAUGAUAAUAGCAAACUAGCCCUUUGUGCGUUGGAGUUCUUGGCUAAGUGGAUUGCUCGAGGUGAAAUUGCUAGGCCGCCUGUUCUGCUCUCUGUAGAUGAAGGACUUGUUGUUGCAGCUCUUGGAACUUCUGGUAGAACAUAUGAUUCUACUCUCCUGGAUGUAUCAUGGGCAAUCCUGAAACAUUCGUUGCGCCAAACAAAGUCACCUUCUCCAGAAUCUUACCUGGCAAAGAUAUAUGCACAUGCAUCCUUGUCUAAUCUGCAAAGGGCUUUUGGCACUCUCAACGAAUUUGAGGCUACCUAUGGGAAUAAUGAGGAAGCUGAAGAUCUUUUCUCUCCAUUUACCUCACUGUAUCCGCUGGUUGUGGCGUGCUCAGAAAAGGGCUUCGAGUCUUUAGACCAAGUUUAUUACCAGCUGGAGAAGUUGAAACAUGCAAAUCCUCCUUACAAAUCAGUUGCUGCUCUCAACUGUGUAAUCCUUGGCUGUGCAAAUAUAUGGGACCUAAACCGUGCAUAUGCGACAUUCGAGGCAAUCGAUGGGGAGUUUGGGUUGACUCCUAACGUUCAUUCCUUUAAUUCCUUGGUACUUGCAUUUGGGAAGCUAAAGAAGACUUCUGAAGCUUCAAGAGUGUUCGAGCAUUUACUGAGUGUGGGGGUAAAACCAAAUGCAAUGACAUAUUCGGUGCUUGUGGAUGCUCAUCUAAUAAAUAGGGAUCCAAAAGCUGCACUCUCUGUGGUUGAUGAGAUGGUAACUGCUGGAUUUGUUCCCACAAAAGAUAUGCUGAAAAAGAUCAGGAGAAGGUGCACGAGACAAAUGGAUUAUGAGAGUGAUGACCGGGUGGAUUCACUAGCCAGAAAAUUUGACAUUCGGAUGGGUACCGAGACUCGAAGGGACAUGCUCUUUAAUCUUGACUACAGCAUGGCGUACGCUGCAUAGGUAAAUUCUGAGGUAUUAUCCUAAUUUCUGCUUGGGAGACCCAAGGCUGAUGAUGCCGCCGCGUUUGUUGGCAACAGGUCCAGCUCUGGUUUCCUGUCACGAUCAUCCCCUUGUACUGUAUAUUAUUCAGUUUCUACUUGCUUUGAAACUUGAUAGGAUGAAUUUUGAGAACGUAUGGAGCAGUUUGUUUCGAUUUUUUUGUAGUUUGAUAGUGCCAGUUUAGUUAGAUAAAUAAUUUUCUUUUUUCCCCUGUGAUGGUUAUAUUUAGAAUAAAAAGUGCCUAGAUCACUCUUCUUUCGCGUUGCUAAUUGAUCUCUUUCGACUGAA